UCGGGAUCCAAACGCUGCCCGUGGGCAGCUGCCCGAUAACUCUCUCGGCUGGAUGGCAAACUCCUGCCUGGGUCCCGAAUUCGACUCGGUGUUCCCUCGGGAGGUCGGGCUCUUCGCCGACUUUUACUCGGAGAGGAGCCGCUUCUGCUUCUGUGGCCACGAGCUGAGCAUCACGCAGAACUUUGGGUCCCGCCUGGGGGUGGCGGCACGCGUGUGGGAUGCGGCUCUGAGUCUUUGCAACUACUUUGAGAGUCAAAAUGUGGAUUUUCGGGGCAAAAAGGUGAUCGAACUGGGCGCGGGGACGGGCAUCGUGGGAAUCUUGGCGGCGCUGCAGGGGGGGGAUGUAACCAUCACUGACCUGCCUCUGGCACUAGAGCAGAUCCAAAGCAACGUUCACGCUAAUGUGCCAGCUGGAGUCCAGGCCCAGGUCUGCGCUUUGUCCUGGGGGAUUGACCAGCAUGUCUUUCCUGGAAAUUAUGAUCUGGUGCUGGGAUCAGAUAUCGUGUACCUGGAACCCACCUUCCCACUGCUGCUGAGGACCCUCCGGCACCUGUGCGGGCCCCGUGGUACCAUCUAUCUGGCCUCCAAAAUGAGGGAGGAACAUGGGACAGAGAGCUUCUUCCAGCACCUCCUGCCCCAGCACUUCCAACUGGAGCUGGCCCAGAGGGAUGAGAAUGAGAAUGUCAACAUCUACAGGGCCCGCCAUAGGGAAACAAGGCCUGCUUGAAGUCACUCCUGUUAUCCUCAACCCCUUGUCCCAAGAAAGUUGCCGCAUAUCUGCACAGCCAUAAACACAGGGACCAAAACAAUGGAUCUUCAUAGGUUUCCCCUCUCUCUCUCUCUCUCUUUUUUCCUUGUUUCCCCCAUAGAGGUGCCUACUUACUAAGAAUCAUAGACUAUCUAAAAACACUCAUAUUAGAGCACAGAGGGAAUUUCCAGCUCUAGUUUUCAGAGGAGGAAGAUGGAUUUUUAGGGGUGUGUAUGUGUGGGGGGGAGGUAAAUGGGUGUGAGAGUAGGUGCAGAGACUAUCAAUGAUGACUUCUAAUUUUACUGUUGCCUUUUUAUAACACAAUGAA